AUGGCAUCUUUCGUCACCAAGGGCCUUGCAUCCCUGGCUGUAGCUGCUACAGUUGCCCAAGCACAGCUAUGGGACCAGGUCAUUGAGACAUCCUACGGCCCCGUCCAGGGAUAUCAGUACUUCAACCAAUCGACUCUGGAGAAGUUCUUUGAUAUCUCCGAAUCCAACGUGACAGCAUUCCUGGGUAUUCCUUUCGCCGCUGACACGGGUUACCAAAACCGCUGGAAGCCACCACAGCCUCGACAACGAUGGAACCAAACCCUGAAGGCUACCGCAUUUGGCCCUGCCUGUCCAAGCAAAGAUGCGUCUAACAUUAGUGAGGACUGCCUGAGCCUGAACAUCUGGACCAAUGCUGGUACGGCGAAUGCCAAGCUUCCCGUCAUGGUCUGGAAUCAGGGCUCGGACGAGACUAGUGAUACCAACUGGUGGUAUGGUGGCGGUAUGGCCUUGAAGGAUGUCAUUCUUAUUACUUUCAAUCGUCGUGACGAUGCAUUCGGCUACCUUGCUCAUCCGGAGCUCAACGAGGAGGGAUAUAAGGCUACCGGACACAAGACUUCUGGCAACUACGGUAUCCUCGACCAGUUGGAAGUGCUCAAGUGGGUGCAGAAGAAUAUUGCCAAGUUUGGUGGUGAUCCGGAUCGUGUCACUGUGGCUGGCCAGUCCUUCGGUUCUUCUCAGGUCUACCACGCGGUCAACAGCCCUCUGUUCACGGGAUACUUCCACGGUGGAAUCUCCCAGUCUGGUAUCAGAUAUCCAUAUGAUACUCUUUUGGCGGGUCUGGCUACCUCCUACGUGAACAUGUCGACUGCAAUCGAACACGGAGUCAACUAUACCACCUACCACAAUGCAUCGACCAUCGCCGAGCUGCGUACUCUCUCCAUGGAAGACCUCCUGAUCGGUUCGCAGGAUCGCGUCGGCAACGAGUCUAUCUGGUGGGUGACAGCACUGUCGGCGGGCUAUCCACUCAUCUUCAAGCCCGUACUAGACGGCUAUGUUCUCCCAGAGAAAUACAUCGAGAGCUUGCUCAAUGGGCCAGCCAACGACGUCCCCGUCAUCACCGGCAACACCAAAGACGAAUCCGGUGCCUCGCCACAGACCGACUAUACAGUGGCCGAGUACGAGUACUACUGCACCCUCAAGUUCGGCAACCUGUCCAGUCGCUACUUCCAGCUCUACCCGUCCCACAACAACCAGACCAUCGCCGACCAAGGCUGGAAUGCUGCUGCUCGGGACACUUCUCUCAUCGGUUCGUGGGCUUACGCAACGGACUGGUACAAGGCAGCUUCGUCGUCUUUCUACACUUACUACUGGACUCAUGCGCCUCCCGGUCAAGAUCAAGGAGCGUUCCACCAGUCGGAGAUCAUGUAUGCACUGAAUGCUCUUUACGCCAAUGCUGAGACCUACCCGUUUACCGAAAAGGACUAUGAGAUCCAAGCAAAGAUGUCUUCGUACUGGGCCAACUUUGCAAAGACCUUGAAUCCGAAUGACGGUGGUUCGUAUACCGGAAAGGGUGCUCUGCCACGCUGGAGUCCCAAUAGUGCGAAUGGCACCCAGAUUGUUAUGGAACUUGGGAAUUACUUUGGCAAUGUGCCUAUUGCGAAGCCGCAGCAGGUCAAGUUUAUUAUGGAGUACUUCCACCAGCAGACCCCCUAUUAG